GCAGUAACCGAUGGCUGUAGGAGCACUGUGCUCUGAUUGGUCCGUUGCUUACACUAGAAGGAGGUGGGCGUGUCUGGAGCAGGUGUGUAGAAACUGCGGCAUUCAGAAGAGGUUCUGUAGAGACUAUAGCAUCUUAGGUGAUCAUAUCCAGGUAAGGAAACUGUUUUUUAUUUUUUUUAAGUUGUUGAAAGAGGAAAACAGCUGUGUUUACUUUGUUUAUUCAUCCAUAUGAAUGUCUUUGUGUUCAUGUCAGUCAUCUGUCAGACUUUGAGCCAUGGAGCCGAUCCACUACUCCUCAAAUGACAUGUGGUGGGGGACCCUCGGAACCGUCCGACCCUUCUCCAACUUCCACCCCGACCAAGACGUGAUGGAGAUCCAUAAUGCCCUGGACCGUAAAGACGUAGGAACGCUGGUGAACAUUCUGACCAACCGAAACAACGCCCAGAGGCAAGUCAUCGCGGCGGAAUACAAGCAGACUACAAACAAGGACCUGAUUGCAUCCCUGAAGAAGGCUUUGUCAGGAGACUUGGAGGACCUGCUGCUGGAUUUAAUGAUGCUGCCGGAGCACUUUGACGCUCAGCGUCUUCAGGACGCCAUGGCGGGUCUGGGAACAGAUGAGGAAGGGCUCAUGGAGAUUUUGAGUACCCGGUCGAGAGAGCAGCUUCAGCACAUCAAUAACGCCUUCCAACAACGAUUUAAGAAAGAUUUGGAGAAGGAGCUGAGAGGAGAAACCAGUGGGGACUUUGCUAAGCUGGUUGUGGCUCUGCUGAAGAAGGCCGACUCUCCCGCUCUGGUUCAGAAAGACGUUGAGGCCCUCGCCGCAUCUCUAAGCGGGAAAAAGGCCAACGCCGCUCCAUGGAUCGAGAUCAUGACCUCGAGAAACUCGGCACACCUGAACAAUGUGCUGAUGGAACUGGAGCUGCAGCUUGGCCAGCCGGUGGAGCAGACGUUGGAGAAACGUUUCAGCGGAGAUUUUCAAAUGGGUUUGAAAGUUUUAGUUCAGUGCAUCCAGAGCCCUGAGGUCUACCUCGCCAAGAGGCUCAGCACCAUGAAGACGUCGAUGGUACACGGGAUCAUGGUGUCUCACUGCGAGGAGGACCUGCUGUGCAUCCGAGCAGCCUUCCUGAAGCUGACGGGGAACUCUCUGUACUCGGCCCUGCAGAAACAUUUCAAAGGGGAGCACCUGCAGGCUUUGCUGGGCAUCUGCAGAUCAGAAGAUUGAAUCUGUCGACGGGUUUGCUGGAUUCAUCGCUCUCUCGGACAUUGGAAGGCUGUUGUUGACGCUCUGAUUCCUGCUGACUCAUGCAAACAACUAAAGCUGAGUCAUUCCCC